CUUGCAAUCGCGUUCGUGUCCUUUCGACCUCCUGGAAUCCGAGUGAAGAAAAUCAAAAUCAAAAACAUUAGCUGCCAGCUUUACUGAACGCAGCCAAAGCUCUCCCUCCCUGGGCAAUACCUCCCUACAUCAAUUCCUCUUCACGACACACCACCACGCAACCCGGCCUCUUGCGACUCUCGACGGCAAGCCAAGCAUAGAAGACCUGCUGCACCACUCUCGCUCGACUACGAAACCGCUCUCUGACCCGCAGCUGUCACCGGCAGCUUGAAGCUCCCGUCGAUCUGAAGUUGCCCAACCUUCCAACCAUCAGUCCGCGCUUCAUCGCGCCCACGCUGCAAAGAUGCUCAACAUCUUCCGUAUUGCCGGGGACUUGUCCCACCUUGCCAGUAUUGGCAUCCUCCUCCACAAGAUGGUGCAGAUGAAUAGCUGUUCCGGUAUCUCCUUCAAAUCGCAAGCUCUCUACUUCCUGGUCUACAUCACCAGGUAUCUUGAUCUUUUCUCAACCUCAAGUCUCUGGAACGUAGUUUUCAAGAUCCUCUUCAUUACCUCUCAGGGCUACAUCGUGUACCUGAUGACAACUGCCUACAAGCCCACCAACGACCCGAAUCAGGACACCUUCCGUGUCCAGUAUCUCCUCGGCGGAGCUGCCGUCCUGGCCAUCCUCUUCCCAUACUAUUAUACUUUCUGGGAAAUCCUCUGGGCCUUUUCAAUUUGGCUGGAGUCUGUCGCCAUCCUGCCCCAGCUCUUCAUGCUCCAACGCACCGGCGAGGCUGAGACCAUCACCACCCACUAUCUCUUCGCCUUGGGCAUCUACCGUGCCCUGUACAUCCCCAAUUGGAUCUACCGCUACUUGACCGAGGUGAACCACAAGGUCGACUGGAUUGCCCUCAUCGCGGGUGUCAUCCAGACGAUCCUUUACAGCGACUUCUUCUGGAUCUACUACACCAAGGUAAUGAAGGGCAAGAAGUUCAAGCUGCCUGUUUAAGGCGGCCCCCUUCUCGCAGAUGUCUUCGUGCAGCCCCGAGCUAGCAAUUUUCACCGGGUAACGGGCAACACGGAGCAGGAGUCAUGGACGAUGUAGCAAAAGGCUACAGUCAGAUGCUAGAGUUCAUAGCGGCCCAUAGUGGUCCAUGACCUUUCUAUCUCUCUUUUUUUUUCGUCCUCCGGUCUGUCAAUGGAUAUUGAGCUUCUUUUUGCGCACAUCGACAACAAAUCUUUGGCCGUGGUUUGGCAGGGUACGGGAUAUCCUCCAUCAGGAUGGGGUGCAUGGCUGGCGUUGGUAGACAUGGUUAGUUUCGCAUGGGCAGCACGUCAGCCGGCUAGUCACGCACGAGAUUGGUUGAACUGCUGAUAUGAACGUGUCCACAGAUCAAGACGACCGAGAAUGAGAAGAAAGAAGACCGGCACACCCACUGGUAUAUAGAUGGUCAAUGCGAAGAAUGUUACCCAAACACUUCCGAUA